AUGCGUUACUCAACCCACGUUGUGACCGCUCUGGCCUUCGCAGUCGGCGCUGCCCACGCAAGCCAGUCUGCUAGUGACGACGGCCAAGUGACCACAGUGGUCGCCCAAAGUACCGUCGAAACCACCGCCGUCGUCACCGCGCAGCCCAGCAGUGCUGAAUCUCAACCUACUGAAUCCAGCGUCCAGCACCCGCCUCCCAUUGCCGCAUCCAGUGCCCCGGAGUCCAGCCCUACAGCUUCUGGUUCCUCCGAGACAAGUGUCCCAGUCAUCAAGACCAGUGCUGCCGAGACUCAGCCCGCUGCCACUGGAUCCAGCGCUCCAGUGGUCACCAACACUGUGCCCGCCGCUAUUGGAUCCAGCGCCCCGGCUACCCAGGGGAUUGGCACCGCUGCUCAACCGAGCGUCCCGCUCAUCAAGACCUCCGCAGCGGAGACACCGGCCGCUCAAACGAGUGCCCCGGCUGCUGUCAACCCUAGCGUCCCACCAGCACCGGUCGAAUCGAACCCCGCCGUGACCAGUGCACCUGCUGCCAGCAUCCCCCCGGCCGCCAGUAGCAACGCCAGCACCACAUCGCAGCGGUUCUCCAACUCGACCACCUCUUCAGGGUCCUUUGCUACCAGCACCUCUGGAGGCGGCGGCGAGGGCGGCGGCAACGGCGGUGCUACUGUUCCUGCACCUACCUCCACGGGAUUCAUCUCGUCCAGCUCUGGUGCCAAGAUGGUUCUUCCCGGCCUUGCUCUCGUCGGCAGCAUCGCCAUGGGCCUGCUUGUCCUGGCUUAA